AUGAAUCAUAUGAAGGCAAACUGGGCCAGACUUUGUGGCAGACAAACUAUCAAUGAGCGUAAUAGAAACCAACCUAGAGGGCAGAUUCCGCUGUACGCUUUGAAGGUUGGAGGAAGACCCAAAACCCAAGGAGCGAGCUCAGCGAAUAUCUCAGGAAACAUCGCGGCCGCACGGGCCGCAGCGGCUGGAACUGGUGAGGAUUUGGACCUUGAAGCAUACUUUAGCGAUUUAGACGACCAGCAAGAGCGGAAUGAGCUUUCGAGUUUGCUUGAAAGUUCGGAAGAGGAGUCUCCAGCCCCGACUGUUGAGACUAAGGCGCAUAUGGAGGGAGCGCUCGCGGCGGGAGAAAAUAUACUUACCGAGGGAGGUACUAGUGAUGUGCCUUCGAAGAGACGUGGCGAUGGCGGUGAUAGCGACGAUGAUCAGCCCCGAGCAAAAAGAAGACCAAUUUCUGCAAGGAAAACGGGCUCGGGGAGAAAACAGGAGUGA